AUGGCAGAGACUAGAGCAGAGACAGAUGCCUUUGGGGAGGUGCAGGUGCCUGCAGACAAAUACUGGGGAGCACAAACAGAGCGGUCACUGGAGAACUUCAAGAUCAACCAGCCUCAAGAUCGCAUGCCCCCUCCAAUCGUCAAGGCGUUCGGUAUUCUCAAGGGAGCGGCAGCUACGGUCAACAUGACAUUUGGACUGGACCCCAAGAUUGGCAAAGCCAUCCAGCAAGCUGCUGCUGAGGUUGCAGACCUCAAACUCCUCGACCACUUCCCUCUCGUCGUCUGGCAGACUGGCUCAGGAACACAGUCGAACAUGAAUGCAAAUGAGGUCAUUUCAAAUAGAGCAAUUGAGAUCCUGGGCGGAAAGAUGGGCAGCAAGAAGCCGGUUCACCCGAACGACCAUGUCAAUAUGAGCGCCUCUUCCAACGAUACCUUCCCUACCGUCAUGCACAUUGCUGCAGUCCUUGAAAUCGAACACGAACUUUUACCUGCUAUUAAAUCCCUUCGAGACGCUCUCCAAAAGAAAGUCGAUGAGUUCGAGGCAAAGAAGAUUAUCAAGAUUGGCCGGACUCAUCUGCAAGAUGCCACACCUCUCACUCUCGCACAAGAGUUCUCUGGAUAUGUUGCACAGUUGGAGUUUGGCAUCAAACGUGUGGAGUCAUCACUCCCGGAUCUCCGCUUGCUGGCACAAGGAGGAACAGCCGUUGGAACUGGUAUCAAUACAUUCAAGGGCUUUGCGGAAGCUAUUGCUUUGGAAGUUUCAAAGAUGACAGGCACCGAGUUCAAGACUGCCCCUAACAAGUUCGAAUCACUUGCUGCGCACGACGCCAUUGUUCAAGCUUCUGGCUCGCUGAACACCCUUGCCUCGUCACUCUUCAAGAUCGCCCAAGACAUCAGAUAUCUUGGAUCUGGUCCCCGAUGUGGACUCGGUGAGCUGGCUCUCCCUGAAAAUGAGCCAGGGUCCAGCAUCAUGCCUGGAAAAGUCAAUCCGACACAAUGUGAAGCUCUCACAAUGGUUUGUGCGCAGGUAAUCGGAAACCAUACUGCCACCACGAUUGGUGGCAUGAACGGCCAAUUCGAAUUGAACGUCUUCAAGCCUCUGGUAAUCAGGAACCUGCUACAUAGCAUCCGGAUUCUGAGUGAUGGAAUGAGGAGCUUCGAGCAGAAUCUUGUUGUUGGCCUACAGGCGAAUGAGGACAAGAUUGCUCAGAUUAUGAAGGAGUCACUCAUGUUAGUAACCUGUCUCAACCCCAAGAUCGGAUACGACAUGGCUAGCAAGGUCGCCAAGAACGCCCAUAAGAAGGGCUUGACUUUGAAGGAAUCAGCUAUGGAGCUGAAGGCGUUGAGUGAGGAGGACUUUGAUAGAUUGGUGAAGCCGGAACUGAUGAUUGGGCCGGAGGAGUAUAAGGGUAAAUAG